UUUUUUUUUCAAAAUCUAAAUAUCCGAACCCGAUCCGAAAUAACCGAAUCCGAACUAAAAAUACCCGAACCCGACCUGAAGUACAGAAAUACCCAAACGGAUUCUAGACCUCUAUACCGAAAUACCCAAAAAUCCGAAAUACCCGAUCCGAACCCGAACGGGUACCCGAACGCCCACCCCUAGCCCAAAACAACAUUUGCGGACUAAAUAUCUACUGGUCUAACGUCCAACUUAGCCAUAGAAAACUCUGAGGUGAUAAUAUGCACCAUUGCCACCAUAUGAGUUUCAAACAUCUCAUCUUAUUUGCUUCUGUUACUGACCUCACUUUAAUUCUUCUUUCCUACGUUGGUUUACACACAUCCUUCUAAACAAUUUUGGUUUUCCGUUGGACUAGAUCAUGUCGAGAUAUACUCUAUCAUACAUGCUUUUGGCAACAUGAAAACGGAAAUCCAAAAAAUAUUCUGAAGCUAUAAAUUACUGAACCAUAUAUAUUUAUUGAAGUGUUCCAGCAAAUAAGAUAUGUUUAACCGUCUAUGUGUGAGAUCAGAUUUUUUAAUAGAAGCGUGUAUUAAUAAUUUUUGCACUAAUAUAUUUUUCCAACAUUUUGCAUUAUAUAUAUAUAUAUAUAUUAUUAAGCAGAAGGCACUAAUUUAAAUAUAUAUAUAUAUAUAAUAUUAAGCAGAAGGCACUAAUUUAAAUUUUAUAUCGUAUGAAAUAAACUUUUAAGUGGAAUAUGUAUUAUGUUUUUAGUUAGUUCAAAAUUUACUAAUAAAUUUAAAUAUAAAUUGAUUAAAAUUUUCUAAAUAAAAUUAGACUUAAGAUUAGUGAUAAUGUUUUCUUAGCUAGUUUACAUUUACGUAUUAUUGAAAAAUAUGUAUACUAAAUAUAAGAAAUUAUAAAAAAUAUGUAUACUAUAUAUACGAAAUUAUUAGUUACUUUUCUCAACAAAAAAAAAAAUAAGUUACCGUUGUUGGGUUAACACCUUAUCAUUUAUCGCGCCUUUCCCUAAUACUAAAAGUCGAAAACGAUAUAACGAACAAACCUAUAACGUAUGUCUAUCUACAAACACCACAUACCUCUCCAUUUAUGGAAGUGAUUAUCGUUGUUAUUCUUGGAUUCACCUCCUACGGUAAACUUCUAGGUUCACCAACCAAUAAGAUUUCAUUAUUUCAAAUUUGAUAUUUUUAAAAGAAAUAAACAAAAUAUUGUCAAGUUAUAUUAUGUUUUUAAAAUAAAAAGAUAAAAAAAAUAGUAGUUACAAAAUAAAAUUAGAUUUUUUUGAAAAAAUUUAACGUCGUGAAAGAACACUAAACCCUAAAUCUUAAUCCCUAAACCCUAAACCCUUGGGUAAACCCUAAACUCUUGGAUAAACCAUAAGCUCUAAAUAAAAAACACUAAACACUAAAACUCUAAACCCUAAAUCCUAAACCCUAAACCCUUGAGUGUUUUAGUGUUUUUUUUUUGUCAUCAACUUUACAGACUCAUAUUAACUCUGUGAACCAAACUGGGAGAUCUUGAUCCAUGUGAACUACAAAAGAUGUUUCCUUCCUAGCACUACGGACUAAGCUACCCGCCUUAUUGUUCUGCGUUCUUGGUACAUAGAUAAUCUAUGCUUAGAAAAAAAUCUCUUUAAGGCAUGUUUAUAUCUUCCAAAUAACUUGCAAAUGUUGAUAUUAAUUUUUGAUUUAGAGUUUAAUAUUUAUCCAAUGAUUUAGGGUUUACCUAAGGUUUUAGGGUUUAGGAUUUAGGGAUUAGGAUUUAAGGUUUAGUGUUUUGCUGAUAUUAAUUUUUUUUUGUAAUUAUUAGUAUUUUUUUUUACUUUUUAAUUUUAAAAACAUAAUAUAAUUUGACAAUAUUUUGUUUCAUUUUUUAAAAGAUAUUGAAUAUUAAAUAACACAAUUCUAUUGGUUGGUGAACCUAGAGGUCUAAGGGGUAAACCCAAUAAUAAGUUUAUUUCAAUUGUGUGAAAGUGAGACUUUUAUUGUUUCCUUUGUGGAUUAAAUAAGGAAAAGCAAAAAAUAAUCGAUGAAGAAGCACAUGCGACAACUAUGGCUAGUAGUGAAUGUGUUCAAAUUUCAUUCAUGGCUUUUUGUGUUGUAUCGGUCCACGCACGACCCUCCUUUUUGUAUUGUUUGUUAUUUAUAUGCAUUUUUCUUAUAAACUCCUAACUGUCUUCGGACCCGACAUUAUGAUCACUAUCAUUUCUCAUACAUCAUGUCUUGUUUACAUGUUAUCUAUUCAUUUCUGUAACCAUUACAUAUUCAUGCUUUGUAGUUUGUACUAAUUAAAAACUCAACUUCAGUUGCUUUUAAGAUGUCAAUCUGCUUUUAUGUAUUAUACUAUUAUGUAUAAAGUCAUAUAUUAAGUUUUUGUUUUAAAAUGAAAAGGAUUUGUUUCAAUCAUCAUGGCAAGGGCCGUAGUUUAUAUGUGUUUAACUAUAUGUGUUCAUGCGGAUUAGACUUGAACUUCAGACUUAAUUUGAUUUAUGAGUAGGACAUAGGCCCAUAGCUAAUUAGUUUGCAUUUGUUUAAAUUCACAUCUGUCUGGGUAUGUGUACUUAGUCUGAUCGACGAUGGUCUAAUCGUUUUAACAAGUUGGACUAAAUCUAGAGGUCAAUUGUCUGAGCAUGCAAUAUUUUUUCAAUUUAAUUGGUUCUGUUGAUAUUUGCUAUGCAGUAGUUCUCAUUGAUCAAACCACUUGAAGUUUUUUAAUCUUUCUAUAAUGAUACUACAGAAAACAAUUAUAUAACACUCCCAACAGAUGAUAUAACAUUUUAAUUAAGAGAGAAGCGGUGAACUUUUGUCGUUUUGUGAGAAGAGGUGAAAGAAAGCGAUCGGAAAGACGAAAAAAAAAUUGAACGAAGAUCUCAAGUGACCGGCUUUGCAAAUCUGAUUUGAAGCUACGGUUUUUAAGAUCAAAGUCUGUGUUCCAUAAAAGAGCUAUGUUUCUUCUGUUCUAAAAGGUGUUGGUGAAACUUUUAGGAGCGAAGCUUUGGUUUUGAACGGUGGUGCUGGGAAGUUCAGUUGUGUUUAAGAUUAUCAAUUAAAGGUUUGAUCUUCUGUUAGAGGGUAUUCCUGAUGUCAUCAGCGAUGGAUAAGGCCUUAAUGGCCAUGUCUCUGGAGGAUGAUGAUGAUGUGCCCUUUGUUAUGCCUGAUCUACCGGAGUAUUGCUCAAGUGAAAGAAACAAAACGAGCUUAAUUGGGCGUCUCCUCAAUCCUGAUUGUCAGAAUAUGGCGGAAUUCAUCUUUAAGAUGCCACGGAAAUGGCAAAAGCAAGGUCGUGUUAGAGGAAUCGCUUUAUCUCAGGAAAGGUUUCAGUUUAUUUUUGAUAACGAGCAUGAUCUGUUAGAAGUUUUGGAGAAAGGGGUGCAUACUUUUAAUGAGUGGGCGAUUGUGGUUGAAAGAUGGUCAGAAGUGCCGCCUCCUGAUUCGUUACCGUUCUUGCCUAUCUGGGUUCAAAUUAAAAAUAUCCCAAUCAACUAUCAAACGGAGUUAGCAAUUGGAGCUUUGGGAGAUAUUGUGGGCAAGGUUAUUGUGGUGGCUUUUGAUCAAUCGAAAGCUCGAAGCAACGUCUAUGAAAGAGUUAAAGUUUGGUUUGAUGUAUCUAGACCUUUGAGGAAAGAAAAAGUCAUUGAUCUUCCAGAAGGUGAAUCAACAAAAGUUUUUUUCAACUACGAGAGGGUUCAGAAAAGAUGUUAUACUUGUCAAAGGUUAACCCAUGACCAGUCUGUGUGCCCAAUUAAUAUCCAGAGGAGACAGAUGGAAGCGAUAACAAGAAGAGCUGGAGAUAGUGUUAUCAAGAAAAAGGUCAACCCUGUGCUUACGGAAUCUGACCCGUUAUUUGGUGUUUUGGAAGAGAGUCAAGUUGGGAUAAAUCCUAAUACAGGAAGACCAAGAAUUGCGCCGGAAGUUCUGGACGGUAUGAGGCAAUAUCUGUGUAUGGCGAAAGGAGAGGAACGGAUUAUUAGAGAGGAAAGAGUCAAGUCUUCUGUCAGAGAAGUAGAAAAAGAUCCAGUCUUAAUGAAAUCUGCUUUAAGUUUGGAGCCAUUGCCGGUAGUGACAAAAGACUUGGAGAAAGGGAAAGGGAUAGUUUUUGGCUAUGAGCCAGAAGGUGUUUCAAACAGGCUGAAUGCUCCACAUUCUCAAGGUGAAAAAUUGAUGGCAUCAGCUAUUAGAGCUAGUCCCUUAAUUGGAUAGAGGCCAGUGUAUCCGAGUAGUGAUGCCAGCCAGUUUGAUGUUUUGCUCAA